CGGAGACGAAACCCUCAGAGCAGGGACUAGGUUCGCCGUAACCCCGCGCUCCUGACUUCUGCUUCCGGGUCGGAGCCAUGGCGGUGGCAAAUUCAAGCCCUGUUAAUCCCGUGGUGUUUUUUGAUGUCAGCAUUGGCGGCCAGGAAGUUGGCCGCAUGAAGAUCGAGCUCUUUGCAGACGUUGUGCCUAAGACGGCCGAGAAUUUUAGGCAGUUCUGCACUGGAGAAUUCAGAAAAGAUGGGGUUCCAAUAGGAUACAAAGGGAGCACCUUCCACAGGGUCAUAAAAGAUUUCAUGAUUCAGGGUGGAGAUUUUGUUAAUGGAGAUGGUACUGGAGUCGCCAGUAUCUACCGGGGGCCAUUUGCAGAUGAAAAUUUUAAGCUUAGACACUCAGCUCCAGGCUUGCUUUCCAUGGCAAACAGUGGUCCCAGUACCAAUGGCUGCCAGUUUUUCAUCACCUGCUCUAAGUGUGAUUGGCUAGAUGGGAAGCACGUGGUGUUUGGAAAAAUCAUCGAUGGACUUCUGGUGAUGAGAAAGAUUGAGAAUGUUCCCACAGGCCCCAACAAUAAACCCAAGCUGCCUGUGGUGAUCUCACAGUGUGGAGAGAUGUAGUCCAGAGGAAGACUGAAUCAGUCAAAAGUCACCUGGAGCUGGAACAGAUGAACAGCAGCUCCGGGAUCCACCUACUUCUCUCCCUUCACACUUGCUGCCGCAGACCUUUUUCACCUGGAUUACUGGUGCUGCUGCCCAGAUGACCUCUCUGCUGCCAGUUCCUUCUUCUCCAAUCCAUUUUCUACAUCACAUUAUUCACUUGACACAUUAAUUAAGAUAUUGUGUGUCAGGGACUAUGCUAGAUGCCUCAGGAACUCAUAGUCUGGCAGGGAAGAUAUAAUGAGUGCAGUACAGUGUGUUAGGAGAGGGUCUGCUAACCUAGUAACAUCUGAGGCAAGAUCUAGAGGAUGAAGAGUUAAGCAGGCAAAGGAGAAGGGAGAAAGGAAGAAUGUUUUAAGUAGAGGGAAUAGUAUGUGAUAGCUCAAAGGAAGCAGUGGCUAAAAGGUCACCUGGAAGAUUGGACAGGGAAUGUGACAGAAGAGUGGGAAGUAAGUUUAGAGGUCAUGCAGGGUCCUGCCAACCACAUUAAGGAAUCUGGACAGUCCUGUGGGUGGUGUAGUCACUAAAAGAUUUUAAGUAAGACAGUGUCGUGAUCAGAUGGAUGUUUUCAAAAGAACACUGGAUAUUGUGAUGGGGAAUAUUAGGGUAAGAAAGGUAGAGACACUGGCUAGGAGGCCACAGCAGUGCUGUAAGCCACGGGUUGGCAGGCCAGGUGUCACUCCCUAUUUUUCAGUGGUUCAUGAGCGAAGAAUAAGAAUGAUUUUUAAAUGUUUAAAUAGUUGGGGGAAAAAAAGUUUAAAUAGUUGAAAAAUCUAAAUAUUUUGUGACAUAAAAAUUGCAUGAAAUUCAAAUUUCAGUGUCCAUAAAUUACAUUUUUUUGGACCACAGAUGCACUUGUUACUGAUUGUCUGUGGUUACUUUCAGGCUCUAAAUUUGAGUAGUUGAGAAUCUGGCCUGCACAGCUUAAAACACUACCUGACCCCUAUAGAAAAGGUGCCUACACCUGCUCUGAGCAAUGGAUGUUGAUGGCCUACACUAAAGCAGCAGCAGUAGUAAGGAAGAAACUCUGGAUUGGCAUUUAGAGAUUUUUUUACGACUGAUUCAGGGAGGCCUUUAAGGGGUGGAAUUUACAGGCCUAGAUGAUACCGAUGGGGUAAGGACUACUGCACUAGCCUCCUAGCUGGUCUCCCUACUUUCAUUUUUGCCCCUCUGCAGCCCAUUCACUAUUCCCCAGCCAUUAAAGAAAAAAAAAAGUGCCAUUCCCUACUUUCAAUUCUAAAAUUACUCUUCUCACUAUUGCCCUUAGGUUAAGUUUCAGAUAAAAUGUUCCUAAUUUAACCCUGCCUACCUCUAUAACCCAAAUGUCUUCAUUCUGGUCUUACUGGACUACUUUAGUUGUAUUUGCCCCAGACCCCAUCUCUUCUUGCCUGCUACGCCUUUGCAUAAACCUCCAUGUGCUUGGAGUCUGCACUAAACCUUCUCCCCACCGCCACUCCCAAAAUGCUUUGUGCAUUUGCAGCGCUGUAGUGUUGGGUGUGUUGCAUGUUUAAAUUUCUGCCUUUAU